GUCAAAGCACGGACAUAAUAAAACGGCCACCGGAAGUGUUCGUCCUGGAAUGUGUUCCGUGUAUGCACAGCGCAAGGAUGGAGUGCGUGAAUAAAGCGGGCCAGCUCAUGAGUCUGGCGGCUCUACAGCAGCAUGACCCCUACAUAGUGAACCUGCUGGACGUCGCCGGACAGGUCGCGCUCUACACCUUCAACUCCAAAGCGAACGAAUGGGAGAAAACUGAGAUUGAAGGCACAUUAUUUGUUUAUGCGAGGUCUGCAUCUCCUCAUCACGGUUUCACAAUCAUGAACCGUCUCAGUACAGAGAACCUAGUGGAGCCGAUUAAUAAAGACCUUGAGUUCCAGCUGCAGGACCCUUUCCUCCUCUACAGGAACGGAAACUUGGGCAUCUACAGUAUCUGGUUCUAUGAUAAAGCCGACUGCCAGCGGAUCGCACAGCUCAUGCUGCAGAUAGUCAAGCAGGAGGCGUUGCGAGCGUCUCCUGACAGAGGUCUGAGCAGCAGGACCAAUGGUUGUGUUCAGAGCAGACCCACAGAUAUCCUGGAGCUGCUCAGCAAGGCUAAAGAGGAGUAUCAAAGGAGUCAGUCGUCUGAGACAGAUGUUCAGGUGAGCUCAGAAGCUGCUCUGUCUCUGGAGAAGAGAGAAGAGGUCACCGCUGCUCAACACGAGAAGUCCGGUCCCUCGGUGAAGCAGAUCACGGUGGAAGAGCUCUUCGGCAGCUCUCUGUCCAGAGAAGUGUCCCAGUCGAGCAGCUCCACCGUGGGAGAGAGCAAGCGUGGGCCUGUGUUUGCGCCUCUGUGUCCCUCGGUGGAGCCUCUCCUCGCUCCUCGUCUGUCUGCUGACCCAGGAGGCCCGGCGCUGGUCUCUCUCUUUCAGGGUUGUGGCACACGAGACCCAAGACCAGCUGCUUCAAAUACAGAGGAGAGGUCCAGCAGUCAGUGUGUGCAGCGAGGUUCGGCUGGUCCACUUCCUCCUGCGUAUAUGAGUCCUCUCACAGAUGGGCCAGGGCUGCCCGGGUUCAUGCCCGGCCCGCUGGUGACCCCACAGAGCUUCAGAGAAUCCACCUGCAAACUUCCAGGACCCUUCACGGGAAAGACUGCAUUAUCUGCUCCGGUGAAUACACCGAGCAGUGUCUUCAUGAGUAAAGAGGCGCAUGCGUUCACACCGUGCUCCACUCAGGUCAAACCCAUUCCAGCGGGGCCAGCUGUUCAGGGGGAGGAGUCUUCACUGCUGCUGUCUCCUAAUGUGUUCCAGCAUUCAGUGAGCAAGACAGCCGAGCCACUGAAGAUCCCGGCGUCCCCCACGUCUCCCCCAGCAGACCUGCCCUCUUCUCUGUACAGUCGCACCCAGCUCAGAGACACACUCAUACAUCUCAUAAAGAAUGACGGCCAUUUCCUCAGUGCAAUCCACGAGGCCUACACACAGAGCCUUUCUAAAGGCCUCAACAACAUCAAGUUAUAGCCACAACCUGAGAGAACUAAACGUGUGAGCUGGAGCCGUCUCAGAU